AUGCCGAACACACAAGGGUCAUCGAGCUCACCUCCCUCCGCAUACGUGUACCCGGCCAGGUCGUUGCUAAGCAGCUCUAUCCAACCUGCUUCGCAACCAACGACUGAUGAUGUAGCGACUCGGACGAUGGUGGAUAUCCGAUCUCGCCAGACCUCAGCCCCAACUGACAGUCGCCCACCCCAUAAGCGAACUUCCACCACCCUCACAGCAGCCGCCAUAACACCUCGCCGUCCUCGAUCCGUUUCUGACUCGUCAGUUUCACCAACACCUGCUGAAUCGCCAAAAAAGAACCGCAGGAAACGUCGGCAGGGCUCAAACAACACUCCCAACUUUCGCCACUUCCCAGGUGAAGCUGGACCCUCCACUCUCCCCCGAAAAUUUUCAGCCACCAACUCCGCCGGUCCCGCAGAACUUACCCCUGACAGUCUCGCGGUUUUAUCGACGUCGACAUCUAUUGCAUAUGUUGCUUCUCCGUCUGAAAGCCCCUCAACAACCAUAACAACUCCACCUGAACCACGCGCACGUCCAAAACAGGUUCCUGUGAGCGACGACCCACUCCCUCCAGAAGAAGUCCCCGACGCGCCUGACGCUUCCUUCUUGGCCCCAUGGAAUACCGAUAUCGUUCAUUUACCCCCUCUCCCCACUUCCUCCGGCGCGGCGUCUCACAGCGAACGCUCUGUGGCUAUCUAUCCUCGCCUACCAAGUAGUUUGGGCAGUCGAGAACGUUCUGCCAGUCGAUCCUCAACAUCACAGCUGCGACAAGAUAGCGAGCCUCCGGAGAACCAAGGGAACAAACAGAACAAACUCUCUAACUCUUCCCAAACAUCUCUUUCAAACGGUAUAUCAGGCUCCGUUUCUGGUUCAGCUUCUGGCUCAGACGCUAGCGACUUAUUCCAAUUCAUGACUGUCCGUUUUCAACACUCUCAAGACGAUCACGGUCACCAUGUUAUCAUUGGACGGGAGGGGAAACUGUCGCGCUGUGAAGACGAGGCGAGUUUCCCAAUACGCACGCCUGGCGCGGUACAGGGGUUCGGCGUUUUGAUAGCUGUGGAAGAGUUGGAUGAUACGCUAUUAGUCCGUCAAGUCUCUGAAAAUGCCGAAGAACUCCUCGGACUUCCUCCGCACUUCCUUUUCUCUCUCGAAUGCUUCACAGACACGCUACCAGAGUCUCAAAUAGGUGUUAUCUGGGACAACCUUCAGUUCUUAUCAGAAACUGACCUCAACGCUCAAGACGAAGAAGGUUCGCCGCACGUGUUUCUCCUGACUGGCUGGGGUGCACCAGGAAGCGCCAAAAAUGGCGACCUCACUGCAAACGGCGAUCGCCGUGUUUGGACCUGUUGGUGUGCAGUUCAUAGACCCUCAGAUCCUAGUGGCAAUGCCGACACAAGUAUCAUCAUUAUGGAAUUUGAGCUGGAGCGAGACACAUUAAACCCACUUUACCCGCCAAUAUCAGAAGACACAGGUGCAACUCUAGGCACCCCGGGAUCUGUUGGAAGUGGAAGUGGAGGUGGAACAGAUGGAACGGGCACUGAGAGAGGCGCUUCUACGGAUGGUUCAGCGACAUUAAUGCCAUCCCGGAAUGGAUCAUCGAACGACCUGGGCCCAACAUUGUUCGUUCCCAGCGCUGAAGAUAUUCUUGAAAGUACAACCUCUCGGGCGAAACCGUUACCUGCCCUUGAACGACUCCGACGAAUCGCUCGAGGGGAACGACCGCCGACGUCACCCUCAAGUACUCCUUCGGAUCCAUUAGGAGCACCACAGGGCCUGCCUUUGCGGUCACGUCGUACACGUCGUGGGACUGGCCCUAGUAUGAGCGGUGGGGUUGGAAUGAUGGAUGUUUUUGCGGUCAUGGCGCAAAUCAACGAACAAUUGGGAGACGCUCCGGACCUGAACGCGUUCUUGCAGGUCGUGGUUGGGGUGAUUAAAGACUUGUCCCAGUUUCAUCGCGUUCUGGUUUACCAAUUCGACGAAAGUUGGAAUGGCCAAGUUGUUGCGGAGUUGAUGGAGUGGUCAAAGACACACGAUCUGUAUCGAGGGUUGCAUUUUCCCGCCGCGGAUAUUCCGGCGCAAGCGAGGCAGCUUUAUGGAAUCAAUAAGGUUCGGUUGUUAUACGAUCGGUCACAGGCUACUGCUCGAAUCGUCGUAAGAAAUCGAGAGGACCUCAAGACACCAUUAAACAUGACUCAUUGCUAUCUUCGAGCCAUGAGUCCCAUACAUGUCAAGUAUCUAGAAAAUAUGGGCGUGAGAGCGUCCAUGUCUGUGUCAAUAAUGGCGUUUGGGGCCCUCUGGGGCCUUGUUUCUUGUCAUUCAUAUGGCUCUCAUGGCAUGCGUGUCUCAUUUCCUGUUCGGCAAAUGCUACGUUUAUUGAGUCAAUCGAUAUCAAGAAAUAUUGAGAGGCUCAGUUACGCGCAACGGCUGACGACACGAAAGUUGAUCAACACAAUGGCAACAGAUAACCAUCCGACCGGCUACAUUGUCAGCAACGCGGAUGAUCUCCUGGGGUUAUUUGAUGCAGAUUUUGGUGUCCUUGUUAUCGGUCAAGCUGCCAAAAUGCUCGGACCGAACGACCAUGGGCAAGAGAUCCUGGUAAUGACUGAAUAUUUGCGCCUUAAGCAAUUUACGACGAUUCAAGUAUCCCAGGGUGUUACCAUUGAUUUUGAGGACCUUGCGCUUUUGGACGGGCUCGAUGUUCUGGCUGGCAUGCUCUAUGUUCCGCUUUCCAGUGAAGGCAAGGAUUUCAUAUGCUUCCUUCGCAAAGGUCAACCGCGACAUGUUCAUUGGGCGGGCAAUCCAAACUUGAAGAGCGAUGCUCCGCCAGAUGCGGUAUUACAACCCCGGAAAAGUUUUGCGAUUUGGUCAGAAACUUUGGCAGGAAGGUGCCGGGCAUGGACAGACGAGCAACUGGAGACAGCGGGUGUGUUAGCACUCGUCUAUGGCAAGUUCAUCGAAGUGUGGCGACAGAAAGAGAAUGCCCUGCAAACCACGCGGCUUACGAAUCUGUUGCUUUCCAAUGCCUCGCAUGAGGUCCGGACACCAUUAAAUCAUAUCAUCAACUAUCUUGAGCUUGCUCUCAAUGGUCAGCUGGACGAUGAAACUCGUGACAACUUGAACCGUUCUCAUGCUGCUUCCAAGAGCUUGUUGUUUACUAUCAAUGAUCUUCUAGAUCUAACAAGACUUGAAAGCGGAAAUGAAACCUCCUUCAACGAGCCAUUCGAUUUGCAGUUCACAAUUGAAGAUGCAACCCAUCUGUAUCGUAAAGAAGCUCAACGGAGGAACCUCGAUUUCAGGUUAGAUCUUGAUCAGUCGCCCAAAACAGUCGUGGGGGACGCCAAAAAGAUUCGGACAGUGGUUCAAAAUCUGACUGCCAAUUCUUUGAAAUAUACGACUGAGGGCUAUAUCAUGGUCGGGUGUAUGCCAUACGACGAGCCCGAAGGGCUUCGCAGUUCCAAUCAGACGGCUGUCGAGAUUGUUGUGGCGGACACUGGCUGCGGCAUUCCUCCAGAACGACUGAGUAGCAUAUUCAGGGACUUUGAGCAGGUAGAAUGGGCGGAAACCAAAACUAAUACCAAUAGCAGUACUGCGGGUGUUGGGCUUGGGCUUGCGGUGGUUGCGAGAAUUGUAGAACAACUGGGAGGCCAACUGAGAGUUGAAUCAAAGGUCAACGAGGGUAGCCGCUUCUCAUUUCUAAUACCGCUCUCUCUGUCAGCCGACGGCGAUGGUUUGAUGAAACCCAGAACUCCACCCCGAACGUCUUCGAAUAACUCCUCCAAAUCGUUGCAAGUCCGGUCACGUCAAGGGAGCCUGGAUUCAUCUGGAGAAAUUGAUUCUCUCGUCGAAGCACUUGCCUCAAACCAUAUGCUUAGCCCCUCCCCAACUGGCAGCAGUUCACAUCGAAGGACGCGAUCAUCCUCUCCAGAGUCUUUGCCUCUGGUUCCCCCUCAUAACAAUUUACGACCGGGAAUAUUUGGCGUCUCAGACUCCAGCACACCUUUGCGGCCCAUCAAAGUCGACGGUUUCACCUUAGACACCGCUGCUCCAGAAAGCAAUCGUUUCUCGCACACCAACUCCAUUACCGCAUCACCUGAUCAACAUAUAUUGGCCGAUAUUCUUCCACCAUCACCCAAGUCGUCCAAGCAGAAGAAACAGAUCGUCUCAGAUACAGAUUCUGAGUCCAAGUUGCGCGUUUUAAUUGUCGAGGACGAUGAAAUAAACCGCAUGAUUCUGGCCAAACGACUACGUCUCGAUGGACAUGACGUUGUUACUACGACCAAUGGCCAGGAGGGUCUCGAUAAAGUCACCGGAGACCGUGAAUACGACGCCAUUCUCAUGGACAUACAAAUGCCUAUUUUGGAUGGCUACCAAGCUACAGAGCGUAUUCGGACGUUGGAGAAGGAAGACACUGGCCCCAAUUCCCGAGUCACGAGUCAGCUCAACGGUGGACACAUACCGAUAUUUGCCGUCUCCGCCAGUCUUCAAGAGAAGCGUCGUGACGAGCUUGCCAACUACGGGGUUGAUGGCUGGAUACUGAAGCCCAUAGAUUUCAAAAGACUCAAGGUUUUACUGAACGGAGUUACUGAUCCAGAUGCCCGUAGUUUGGCAGUAUAUACUCCCGGCUGCAGCUGGGAAGCCGGAGGCUGGCUUGGACAUCCGCCGCCCUCUUGA